AUGUCUUUCUCUGCCCCUUCUGUGUCCGCACCCUCACCACUCUCUGCCCUGAACCGACCCACCAGGCAGAGAAGACAGAGCCCAGCGCUCCAGAGCUCGCUACGAAACUCCCCUCUGCUAUCCCAUCGAAUGAACCCGUCAGAUAACAUUGACGAUUCAGAUGACGAAGGGGGAAAGGCACCGCAAUUGAGCGCGUUGGCGCGAAUGCUCCUGGACGACUUCCCCGAGUCAAAUGGUGCUGCUUCUGUUAGAGAGACGCUAGCUAGUGCUCCUCCUCUUCCUGAGCCCGUUGCUUCCAACGGCGGGCACAGUCCACGCGACCGGAUGGACUGGAGUCACUCCCCGGCCGCGGAUGAGUACAAGACGGGUCAAUUGGGACCGUCUCGCAUGAGCCCCGAUUUUUCCACUGCUCGUGAAUUGGUGACUCCUGCCCCGGGGAGAUAUUCGAGAAAAUUUUUCAACGGCACCUACUCGGCUAUUAGUUCUUCCGGGUCGUCGUCGAAUUCUGGUGAGCCGAAACAGGAUGCAGAGAACCGAGUUUAUGGUACGACGUAUGGGAGCGUUGUGAGGCCUUCCGCGGCGGGAUCUACAACGACCAAUACACAGGCAUCUACAUCUGCGUCUGCCAUUCGAUGGAAACGCGCGGGGCGAGGGCUGUUGGGCGGCUUGGCUGGUCCUCCACGAAGGGGACCGAGGAGGGAUAGCGAACGUGGAGACGAAGAAUACCAUGAUGGGUAUAUCGAUGAGGGCGCCGAAGGAAGGAGUAGUCCUAGCUCCACCGAGAAGGAGGAACUCGGGUCGGACGCGAACUCCGGAUCUCGAGGUUACUCAACAAACACAAGUGAAGAUGUCGAUAUGGAGCCUCCCAUGCUCAUGUCCCGAAGAUCUCGAAGAUCGAGUCCAGUAUCAUCAGCAGAGCAGGCGAAGAUCAGUGUCUACAGGGGUUCGAAUACGCCAGAAGAACCCGGUACAGGCGGGAGGUCUUCCCCAGCAGAAUCUCAGAAGCGCAGUGGUUCGUCGUCGUCGUCGAAUUCCAUGUCAAGAGCGGCCGCCAUCGCAGCAGCAGCAGCAGCAGCAGCAGCCGCUCUCCCGCAAGGCGCUGCGCUGAACGAUAAAGAGAAUAUGCUCCCCCCGCCUACAUUCCGCCGUCCAACUAUAAGCAACUCCUAUAAGCGACUGGGCUCCAGUGAAGAGAAGCCUGCUCCUGCCCCAGCAUCUCCCGUCAAAUACCAAAUGAAGUCAUUCGUGCCUUCGCCGGCGAAGGUUUCGCCAUCACAAAAGAACAAUGUACUCUCCACCAGAAGCAGCAAUACGCCACUACGUCCAGCGCCGCCUCCACCCAAGAUGUCGAUGCUUGAAGCCGUCACAGCCAGUGCAGGUGCAUCGGCGACCGCAUCUCAGCAAUCAUCACGUAGACAGCGGUCGGUAAUCCACGUAAAUGGCAAGCCAUACAGACGCCUCGACGCGAUUGGAAAGGGAGGGUCCAGCAAGGUCUACAAAGUUAUGGCCGAGAAUUUCAAAAUGCUUGCUAUCAAGAAAGUCACUUUCAGUUCCCAGGACGGGGAGGCAGCCAUCAGAGGGUAUAAGGGCGAGAUCGACUUAUUAAGAAAGUUAUCAGGGUUGGAUAGAGUUAUUCGAUUAUACGAUUGGGAGAUCAACGAUGAGAAGCAGUGCUUAACUAUGGUACUUUCCCCCCUUCCUCCUCCCUCGGGCAAGACACUGUGUUGAUAUGUAUUAUAGUUGAUGGAAUGCGGCGAAACCGACCUCGCAAAGGUCCUCACCCUCCGGCACGGGCACGAGGACUCCCGCAUGGACGUAUCCUUCAUCCGCCACUACUGGCGCGAAAUGCUCCUGUGCGUCCAAGCUGUGCACGACCUGAACAUCAUCCACUCAGACCUGAAACCGGCAAACUUCCUCCUCGUGCAGGGCAGGCUCAAACUCAUCGACUUUGGAAUCGCCAACGCAAUCCAAGACGACACCGUCAACAUCCACCGCGAGUCCCAAGUCGGCACGCUGAACUACAUGUCCCCGGAGGCAAUCGUGGACAUCAACGCCACCUCGGGCAAAGCCAUGGCCAGUGUCGGCGCGCCCCGCCUCAUGAAGCUGGGCGCGCCCAGCGAUGUCUGGAGCCUCGGCUGCAUACUAUACCAAAUGACCUAUGGCCAUGGGCCAUUCUCGCACCUCUCGCUGAUGUACCAGAAGAUCAACGCCAUUCCCGACCCCAACUACCCCAUCGACUACCCCGACACCGGCAUCGGCGGCGUCCCCGUUCCCAGAUCUCUCAUCAACACCAUCAGCGCGUGUCUUGCGCGGGAUAAGGACGAGAGACCGACCAUUCAUCAGCUGCUCAGCGAUAACGACUCCUUCUUGAACCCGGAUCACGCUAAGGAGGGGCUCGUCGACGUUAGCAUGGACAUGCUCCGCUUAUUGCUGGAGAAUGCCGUGGAUCACGUUACCGAGAAGGGGGUGCCAACGCGCGAGAUCACAGCAGCGUGGGCGAAGGAUGUGUACGGGAAGUUGGAGAGGAGGAUGGCGGAGAAUAGGAGGCGGUGA